AUGUCAGAUCGAACCUCCUCUCGGCGCAGCGUACGACUGAACCCAACGCCUCUAGAGAGCAGAGAACAGCCACGAACUACUGCUUCGACUGCCGAUGUCCAUCGUAGACGCGCCAGAUCUCGAGUAUGGACGUCAGAAAAGCGAGUGAACGACAUAUGCAAAUACAUGUCCCAAACACACCACUUGACGCUUGCCAAGUUCAUCCGAGUGUAUGUAACAACUCAAGGUGGUGACGGCUACGGAGAUCGACCUGCGACGCGUGCCAAACGCCUUGUAGACGCGAUAUACACUCAACCAGAGGUGCUAGACGCAAUACGACAACAUCCUGCGUCUGGUGUGGGAGGAAUUGUCACCGUGAAGGCACUAAGAAAAGAAAUGAAAGCGCUGGAAGAAGCCGGAGGUAUGUUUAGUGCCUACCAGGUCCACCGCGAACGAGAAAAGUCUCUACAGGCCAGUAUUGGGCGGGAGGGGCGGUCUGAAGAUGGCCAGUCUGAAGAUGGCCAGAAACCAGAGGACUACGAGUGCAUACUCGACGACUUGCGGUUCGGCUGGAUGUAUGAGCAAGUUAACACUCAUGCUCCUCUUCUAUGUGGACUGCUCGACGGUCUUAUGGCGCCCAAGAUAGAGAGGAAAGAUCGACCACCACGAGAUCCUUCUAAAUUUAACCACAGGACUGCGAUAAUCACGUCGAUCCUCUGCUAUUCUCGGGCGUCGGAAGGGAGCAACAAGUUUCCCCGCGUAUUUGGUGCCUUUCUACACUCCAAUGGCGUGAAACGUCGGGUCCUCGACCUUUUUCACCAAUUUGGGGGGACGGUCCGUCGAUACGGCCAGCUGCUGAACGCCUGUGUUGUCUACGAUAAUUUCGACUAUCGAGAAGGUGUUAAGCACCAGCUCAUUUCAAACCAUGCAGAAAUGCGCUCGGUAACAACGGGGAAAGUUUUCAGAGGCGCCGACAUUCCUCCAGGUGGAUUAAGGAAAUCGAUGCUACACCGUGAGACUCCACUUUCAAUAGAGGACCUUUUCUACUCUCCCGGCGCCGCCAUAUACGACGAGACUGCCUCCAAGAUUGACAGCUACUUCAUAGCGGAGGCGAUUCGGACAGCAUAUCCAAAAUCGGUCAAAUCUAUCUUCUCUAAUUCCGACAUCCCAUUCCCGGCUAUGCCAACCGUCGAGUUACUUGAGCUUCGAAAGACAGAUAGCAAGACGCUCGGUCCGAUUCUCUUCAACGAAGGUACUCUAGAUGGCUCCUACGAGGUUAUAGAGAGCAUCUACAAGCGCCAAUUCCAACUAGAUAGUAAAGAAUUCGACAACCGUCUGUUCUUGGCGUUUGGCGAUCAAAAAACCUCUUCACUCAUCCGAUCUAUGCAGGCUGAGCAAGUCGACGCGUCUAUAUCGUAUGAUAGAAAAGACUGGCUGAUAGGAGUCGCUGCUCUCUUUCACCUGCGCAUGAAUUUUCUAUGGCUCAUGCAAAAGACACAUUACGGAAACAUGGAGCAACAGGACGCUUCAACUCUCUAUCACAACAUCAACUUCUGGGGACGAAAGAAUAUUCCAGCGGACCGUGCAGCUUUUCAGGUUCUAGAAGAGCUGGUGCUUCACAGUUUCGACGCUCGAGUUAUUGGACUACUUUAUACUCGCCUCGAGCAGUACGGCAUCGAUACCUCCGAUCAAGAGGAGGUUGACAAGGCAAUUCAGAACAUGAAUACUAGAGGCUUCAUGGACCUAGUGGAGGAUGUUCGCAGAUCCGCAUUUGGGCCGGAAGCCUGGCGACCAUCAAAGGAGAAGCAUGCCAACAAUACAGUCGAUGAGGAGUUCCUCAGUCAUGCUCGAUACCUUCAACAAAUGGUUGUGUACAAGACCUUGAAGUACGGCAUCAAAAACGGAGAUAUAGGACUCAUCGACCGAGUCAUUGGUGUCUGUUGCUUUUACUUCGAGGGGACUGGACAAUCAAACUACGCAUUCGAAAUGCUCUAUCUAAAACGGCUCACCAGCACCAAAGCUUGUGAUAAGGAGCUUCGGCGCGCAAUACUCUCGAAUAGCCUCGUUAAUCCACAUGGCUGUCGGGACACUUGGCAAGAAGUCGAUCGUAGCCUUGAAUAUCUGAACCUGGAGCUGAAAAGAGAGCUUUGGGCCCGUCGAACGUCGACUUUCGGAUUAGAUGCACUGUUUAAGACUACCUCGUUAACAGCAGAAUACACUGUUUUCCUACGCAAGACGAUAGAGAAAGCAUUUGCGCGGAAGGAAAGCUCCAAGCAUUCCGUGCCCUCUCCAGUGGAUGAUAUUCAUAUACUGGCAUUUGAAUUGGCGUGCGAUUCGAUUAAAUUUUACAGAGGCGGUAGGAAAGCCAGACAUCAAGCGCCGGACAUACAUACGAUCGGGCUCGAAAGGGUGGCGACAAAGAAGCUAGAAAUAUUUAACGCCAAGGUCAUGAGAGACGAAGAUCAAAUAAUAGUGCCACCUUACGAGACAGGAGGAGCGACGGCUGAUCUGGAUCCCGAUAACGACAUGAUGGCGAUACUACCCUUGGAAGAUAGAGAUGAAGCCCACGAAUGGGGCUUACCUUCGGAUAUCGAGUCGGAGUAG